GAGAGCUGGAGGCGGUUGCCCAGGCCGGCGGCGGUAUUAGGCGAAGGAGUAGGCUGCGGCAGUUGAUGCAGGCCGUGGGUGCUGAAGAGGUUCGCGGAUGGAGGUGCGGGCCGUGGGUGCUGGAGAGGUUCGCGGAUGGAGGCGCUCCCUUCGUCGCCGAGGCACCCUCCCAAGUACGGCAGCGCCGCCGUCCAGCAAGGAGGCACUCCCGUCUUGCCUCCCUGGUAGCUCCGUUGGCUUCGCCGGAAAUUCAUGGGCGGAAGGCGGGGUCUGGACGCAGACCGGCGAGGUGUACUGCUCGGGGGCGAAGAUGAGGCCGACGGCGACAUGCUCAAGAAGUGAAUCAGCUGCGGAGAACCAAGUCCGGAGUAACUACAAGGAAGAAGUUUGUGAGAAAGCUAGCUGAAUUGCAGCUUGAGGUCGAGAAACUGAGAAACUGAAGGCAGAGAAGAAGAUGUUGCUGACAAAUCACAGAGAAGAUAUGAGAAAUAGGGACAAGAAAAAAUUGAUUUUCCUGUGUGUAGUUGCUAGUUCUGUAGUGUAGUGCAGUAUGCAUGUGUAGCUUUGUUCACUAGGGGUUUCCUUUGACCAAUAGUAGAAGAAGAUAUGGUCUUACUGUGUACAACAUGAAUGUAAAAUUCAUAACUUGUUUCAGUCAAUGAAAUAAAGAGGAAUCUGGUUUGAAUUCAUAA